GAACAAGGCCGCCAUAUUGAAUCACUCUCGUUAAUUUUUGCGCGAAGGCGGUGUUAAUCUUUUACCCCCUUACGGGAUUGUCUGAGGUGCGAUCGGAGGGUUGAUGAAGUGUUUAAAAGGUGUUUGAAUAUCGUGUCAAGUUAAAAGAUGCGGAAUCUUUCGUGUCGGAGAAUCGGAGGAAUGUUUAAUAUCUCGUCGGAUAUCAUGCGGUGAAGUGCGGUGGGUCCCUAGGACGAGUGUGUGGAGAGCGGCUGCUUUGUGUAAUCGAUUUGUGUGUCAAGCGGUUUACACAAAUUUGGACCAACCUUGAUUGACCCCCAGGGUCGUAGCACUGGGGAGGAUGGAGGCGAUGGAUUUGGACGGGGAUACUGUGGUUGACCUUAGCGUCAGCAGUAGCAGUAGAAGGGACUCCCCGUCCGUCCCUUCUAAUUCCGGGGACUUGGUUGUACCGCUGGACUUGGGUGCCCAUUUUGCGGCCAGUCCUGGAUUAGAAAAUAAUGUGCCAGAGGCUAGAAAUAUACAAAAUGCUACUCGAGGUAUACUCGGGGCUAAGUCAGGCGAGGAUAGAAGACCUCGGCGCAACUUGAGACCCAGGACGGAACGAAGCUAUGCUGAAAGUCCCGACGAGCCAAGAAUGAAUGGUUACGUAAACGGAAAUGCCUCAGAUAGCGAGGAAGGAGAAAUGCCUCCGCUGUUACCGAUCAAGGAAUUAAGCUCUGACGAGUUAGCCGAGCGCGAAAGAAAUCUUAGAAAACUAAGGGAAGAUCUGAGAUCUGAAGAAAUGAAAUUAGUAUUGCUUAAAAAGUUGAGACAGUCGCAGCAGCUCAAAGAAAAUAUUGCGGCUGUUCCAAAAGUACCCAGUAAAUUACCACCACCAGUAACAGUACAACCAGUGGCGCACAGUCAUAGGACCACCAAAGCGCCGCCGCCGUUUUUAAAAGGCCAACCCCCUCCCAGCAGAAGUAGUAACAGUUUACACGGGCCACCACCUGGUAUACUGUUACCACCAAUGACUGUUAGAAGUGCUACUUCUAGUACCGGUAUGCCACCAAAUAUGGUAAUACCACAACCUCCUCAUCCCAGAGGUAGACCCUCGAGCGUAGCUUCCAAUGUUCCAAGUUAUCACGCCCCAGCUGAUAGAACUGAAAGAUCUACCAAAGAUCCAACACCUGCAAUCGCUCAUCAGCAGCUUAUUGGAAAUCAAGAAAACAAACCCAGCACAUCGAUAAGCACCCCUGCGCUUCCUGAGCAGGAAAGGACACGAGAAGAUAAUCAGACACCUGCACAGCGUCAGGCAGCGGCGAAGUUAGCUCUUCGUAAGCAGCUGGAAAAGACACUGCUUCAAAUUCCACCGCCAAAGCCGCCACCGCCAGAAAUGCAUUUCGUACCGAAUCCCUCCAACACAGAGUUCAUUUAUCUCGUCGGAUUGGAACACGUCGUAGAUUUCAUAACGAAAGAACCUGCUAUACCUCCACCUCCCGAACCAUUCGAGUGUACUCAAUGCAGAACUGAUUUCACCCCCGUUUGGAAAUGGGAGAAGUCAGCUGGCGGUGGUAAAAAAGAAGGUCCACGCGGGCAACACGCUACCUUUCAACGACCUCCUGCUGGUCGUGAUCCUAGAGUUAUAUGUGAACAUUGUGUAACUACUAAUGUCAAAAAGGCCCUCAAAGCUGAACACACUAAUCGGUUAAAAACAGCAUUUGUAAAAGCACUACAGCAGGAACAGGAAAUAGAACAGAGACUGGCACAGGCAGCAUGUCCAAGUCCUGAUCCUCCUCCUCCAAAGCCAGUCCCAAAAGCAUCGACGCCCACAAGGAGAGUGGCUACUCCUCCAGCACCUCAGCAAGUUUCACAAGUCCCAGCACCUGCACCUACACCUCCAGCACCAAAACUCCAAGAUCAUACGCUGGCCAAACUCGCAGAGAGUGGAAAAUUCAGUCCGCAUCACGCAGCUGCUGCGGCUGCAUUCCAUCAACAGUUUCUUAGAGAACUGACGAAAAAUUCGCCUGGACUCCCACCUCAACAGCCAUUGCCGGCACAUGUAUUACCGGCCUUCAAUCCAAUUUUAUAUCCGUAUCAGCUGGCCAUGGCACAAGCAACCAGCGGAAAGGGCCUUGUCGAACUUCAAAGACAGGCAGCUGAUAUUCAACGUCAAUAUUUACUGGACAUGAUACCAUCUCAGGCUCAAAGUAGUCAGGCUCCGCCGAGGGCUCACCCGCACAACUGGAAGACGUAACCGAACGCUCGUAAACGCAACCAGUGAAGAUUAAAAUUGAAAUAAAAAAGGUUUAAAAAUUUG